CAGACACGUCACGUCACUGCGUGCCUCGGGUCCAAAUCGGUCACUUUUGAAACGGGGUUUCUCUGAAAGCCGAGUGUCAAAAUCGGGUCCCACGAGAGCCCAAGAGUCCGAGCAUGGCACGGGGUGGUGCAGGCGCUGCAGGGAAGGGAAGCAUAGCAACAGCAUGGAAGCAAGCUCUUCUUGGCUCAGAGGGCGCAACAACGCUGUAGACUAAUUCGUGACGACUCAGGGAGUCGGAGAGAAUCAUCUGGUUCGUCUCUUUUGGUCUUCAUUGUUACUUGUUGCUAUUUUCCUCUCCGAAAGAUUCUGUACAGAUUUCGAAGCUGUUGUUGGUCGGGCGAAGCUGGAGAUGAAAUGCAAUGCGAAUGGACGUCGUUAGAAUAGAGGAUUGAGAGCCAAAGUUGACUUGAGUUGCAAGGCGGAGAUUGCAAUUUGAAAAUUAUGGCGAGAGCCUCAACGAGCUCGGAAGAAGAAGAAGAGGAGAAACAUGAACGCUCGCAGAAAAGUAGCAAGCAUCGUUCAAAGUCCCGUAGUCAGUCGAGGAAACACAGGAGAAGAGACGAUGAUUCCGAGAGCGAAUUAUCUGACAGAAAAUCCGACAGAAGAAGAAAACGUCGAGGGCGCGAUGGCGAUUCUGACAGCGACGAGGACUCAGAUCGGAGCCGCAGCCGGUCUCCCAAGAGGAUAACCGAUGAAGAGGUGAAAGAGUACUUGGGCAAGAAGGCCCACAAGAAGGCACUAAAAGUGGCGAAGAAGUUAAAGACACAGACGGUGUCGGGAUAUACAAAUGAUAGCAAUCCUUUUGGUGACUCGAAUCUCACAGAAAGGUUUGUUUGGAGGAAGAAGAUUGAGAAAGACCUGACUAAUGGUUUGGACAGUCGAGAGCUCUCACUGAAAUCUGAAAAGAAACGGCAAAAGGAGCGAAUGGCUGAAAUCGAGAAGGUGAAGAAGCGGAGAGAGGAGAGAGCGAUCGAGAAGGCUCAGCAUGAGGAAGAAAUGGCCAUGCUUGCAAGAGAAAGAGCAAGAGCUGAGUUCCAAGACUGGGAGAAGAAGGAAGAAGAGUUUCAUUUUCAGCAAAGCAAGGUUCGCUCAGACAUCCGCCUACGUGAAGGACGAGCUAAGCCUAUAGAUGUAUUGGCCAAAAAUCUUAAUCUGUCGGACGAUUUUGACAUCGAAAUUAAUGAGCCCUAUAAGAUAUACAAGGGACUUACGGUAAAGGAGAUGGAAGAGCUGCGCUUGGACAUUAAGAUGCAUCUAGAACUUGAUCGUGCCACACCAACUCAUAUUGAAUUUUGGGAGGCUAUGAUGGUUGUUUGUGAUUGGGAAAUAGCAGAAGCGCGAAAGAGGGACGCUUUAGAUCGAGCUCGUGUGCGAGGAGAAGAACCCCCACCGGAGCUUGUGGCAGAGGACAUGGGGCUGCACGCAAGUGUUGACAGCGAAGUUCGGAAAAUGCUUCAGGGCAAGAGCUACUACGAGCUUGAUGAAAUGCAGACGCAAAUUGAGUCUCAGAUGCGCUCAGGCACAGCAAAAGUGGUGGAGUAUUGGGAAGCAGUUUUGAAACGUCUUCACAUCUUUAAAGCAAAGGCACGACUUAGAGAGAUUCAUGCUGAUCUGCUUCGGCAACAUCUGCAACGGCUCCAAGAUUCAGAAGAUUUAGAACACACAGCUGUUCGUCAAGUAGAAGAUUUAUCACCCCUCUACGGAACCUCGGCUCAAGCCGAGGUUCCGGAGAGGGGUGACGCAGAUGGUGCAGAGCCAACAUCCUAUUCCCCGGAGCCUAUGGCCAUAGAAGAAGCCACAAAAGAAGCAGAAGAAGAACCUGGUUCUUUUUCCCCUGAACUUGUUCACGAUUAUGAAGGUGAUGAAGUGGUGGAUCCUGAGGCAGACAAGGCCGAAUUGGAGCGGAAGAGAGCGGCUGUGCUGGAAGAGCAGCAGCGUAGAUUGCAAGAAGCCGCGGUUGGUUCUAAUGUUCCGGAUGAUGAGAACAUGGAGUUGACCGGUCAGGAAAGAGCCUUGGUCCUGAAGGCUAUGGGAGGUGUAGAAGAAGGAGAUGCUAUUCUUGGUAUCGGUGCCGAAGUCAAUCUUGAGUCACAGGUAUAUUGGUGGCACGACAAGUAUCGGCCACGAAAGCCCAAGUAUUUCAAUCGUGUUCAUACAGGUUACGAAUGGAACAAGUACAAUCAAACACAUUAUGAUCAUGACAAUCCUCCACCUAAGAUCGUUCAAGGAUACAAGUUCAAUAUCUUCUAUCCUGAUCUUGUGGAUAAGACAAGAGCUCCAACUUAUUUCAUUGAACGGGACGGCAGUAAGGGCGAGACGUGUUUAAUCCGAUUUCAAGCAGGUCCUCCUUACGAGGACAUUGCAUUCAGGAUUGUCAAUAAAGAAUGGGAGUACUCACACAAGAAAGGAUUUAAGUGCACGUUCGAACGUGGUAUUUUACAUGUGUACUUCAACUUCAAGCGGUAUAGGUAUCGUCGGUAGAGUUGCUUGCCCUAGAAAUACACAUGUCGUGAACCUGCAGCAGGCUUCCAUGACACGAAUUUUGGUGUAAAUAUAUAAACUUUGAGGACCUGUGUCCGAUCAUUAGAUCAGCUGGAAUACGGAAUGCAGGGCUUGAAAGCCCGAUAGUAUUUAUCAUGGUCGAUCUUACUUUCAUUCCAUGAAUUUGAAGAGUGACAUGGAAGGUACUUAAUACCUUCCCCUAAUUUUGGUCGUGAAGGGAGUAGAUGCUGGAAGCAGUUCCUUUUCUGAUCUUUACGAAACGUAAUUAAAUCUGAUCUCAACAGAAAAUAAGUUUUUUCAUGUUAAAGAAUUGGCUGAUGACGUCAAAAGACAACUCAGCCCCUCGAACGUGACAAUUAUAAUGAAUAUCCUUGUGAGUGAGAUCCGAGUGAGAUCGUUGCACAAAUUCACUCGUUUGUCUUGCUGGAAGAAGAGCUAGUUCGGAAGUUCCAGGAAAGACGCCAGCAUUUCAGAUUUCACGCAUUCCACGAUUCAAAGGAAGCUAGCAGAGUACACCAUAUGUCAUUGAUGGAUUUGACAAUGUAGAGAUUGCAGAAUAGGAUAAAUUCAGGCUGCAUGGUUGCCCUUGUCCUCAGAGCCUAGUAAGAGUAAACAGUGAUCUCUUUAAGGAUCUGGACAUCAAACAAUACAGUUUGUAGGUGUGUAUGUAUAGGUGCGAUACUACACCACUGUAUUAUACAUCACUACAAAAUUAUACCUUGUACAACUGUAUAGUAUGAAGUCUGUAGUGUAGUUCUUGGGAGGUGGAAGGUUUCAAAAGUAGACUCUACUCAAAAUGGGGAUGCCAAAAGAUGCUUCUCCCAAAUAGCAUCUUUUGGGAGAAGCUCGAAACUUGGUAGUGGAUAUCAACCUGAACUUGAAGAAUACCCCGUCCACGAUCUGAAC